AUGAUCUCCGCUAAGACCAUCCUCGCUGCUUUCGUCCUCGCUCGACUCGCCUUGGCGAUGCCCUCGGGUACUGACACGGCCAAGCGCGCGACGUGCACCGUAAACUCGGUCUCUUCGGCAUCCAGCCUUUCGUCUUGCUCUAGUGUCGUCAUCUCGUCGUUCACUGUCCCCUCUGGCUCGACUUUGACUAUGAACUUUGCUGAGGGCGCCAGUGUCACCAUGUCCGGCGACGUGACGUUUGCUAGCACGACCUCUUCUGGCCCGCUUGUCACGAUCGCCGGCACUGGCAUCACCUUCAAUGGAAAUGGACACAAAUUCGACGGCAAUGGUCCGGAUUACUGGGACGGAGAGGGCACGAACGGCGGGAAGACCAAGCCGCAUCCUUUCAUGAAGUUGAAAGCGUCUGGUACUCUCGAGAACUUCACCAUUCUGAACACUCCUGCUCAAGCCAUAUCGAUGGGUAACGACGACCCUGUGGUAGUGAGCGGUGUCACAGUCGACAACUCCGCCGGCGACACUAACAGCCUCGGGCACAACACUGACGGCUUCGACUGCUCCGAGAGCGAUGUCACUAUCCAGAACUCCGUCAUCAAGAACCAGGACGAUUGCAUUGCCAUCAAUGCUGGCAGCAACAUUGUCUUCCAGAACAACCAGUGCUCCGGUGGCCACGGAAUCUCUAUCGGUUCCAUCGCCUCCGGAAAGACCGUCAGCGGAGUGACCAUUAGCGGAAACACCGUCACCAACUCCCAGAACGGUCUCCGCAUCAAGGUCAAUGCUGACGCCACCAGCGCAAGCGUGAGCGGUGUCACUUACAGCGGGAACACCUUGAGCGGAAUCACCGACUACGGUAUCCUCGUCACCGAGUCUUACCCCGACAGUUUCGGCACUCCCGGCACGGGGGCCUCCAUCAGUGGCAUCAACUUCACUGGUAGCAAAACUACAGUGGCAGUUGACAGCAGCGCUACUCGUGUCGCCGUCAACUGCGGCAGCGGUGCAUGCUCCGGGACCUGGAACUGGGGUGAGCUCACCGUGACUGGCGGAAAGACGUCGGUCAUCAAAGCGGCCUCUGCUACCAUUUCUGGCGGUUCCUACUGA